AUGGCGGCGGGAGGCGGGGAGCGCAUCCGCCGCCGCAGCGCGGGGAUUAAGGGGCUGGAAGCGCCAGGACUAAGCCCUGAGCUGUUUGCAUGGGCGCAGGCACCCCCUGUCCCCCCCGCCAACAGCCGGGUGCUACGAGGUAACAUCACCGUCACCAUCACAGCCCGCGACCCCGUCCACAGCGCUUGUCCGCAGCACCGGGACGCAAUGGAGCCUUUGUAUGUCCAUGACAUUGGGCUCCUAACAGAAAACAAAGCCAUUCAAAGGAUCCUCUGCCCCAUGGCUGCGCAGCUCUGCCAUCUAAUCCUCGCCCUGGAAUGGGAAGAUGGGAUCUGUCAGGCCUUUCCCAAUUUAGGGGAGAAUGCAGAAAUAUUAGCCAAAGCCACAGAAGAACUCGCUUCUGUUGCAACAAGGUUGGCUGAGGAAUCCAGCGAUGAGGUGUUCAAGGAGGAGACACACCCUGCAGCUGAGUCCCUUGUCCAGGCAGGGAGGUGCAUUCUGCUAGCAGCCCGCAAGCUCCAGGUACAGCCGGACAAACCUGGCCACAGAGAGGAGCUGGCUGCAUCGGCAAAGAGAGUCUUCACAGAGACAGCAAAGAUCCUUCAGAUUGAAGAUGCUGCUGGGGCAAGGAGGAUAAUUCAGGCUGCCAGCUGGCUUUUGGAGUGCCUGGCUGUGCUGCGGCAUGCAGGGGACAUGCCAGGACUGCUGUCUGCUUUCCAGGCCUUUUCGGAGGCCUUGCUUCUGCUGAGCCAUCUGACAGCAAAGCGCCUCAAGGAACUUGGAGAUUGUUUUCAACAGAAGAGCUCGGCCCAAACUUUGCAGCUCCUUCAGAAGUGCAUUCCCUUGCUCCAUGCAGCCAAGCACAGCGAUCUUAAACGCUCCCGCGACCAGCAAGUCAACCUCUCCAAAGACUAUGCUUUCCAGCUGACAGAGAGGACCAUCAAAGAGCUCAUUGACAAUACAGGCAGCAAGAAGCCGUGGGACAGAAAUGGGACCUUCUCCCAGCAUGUGAGCAGGCUGCUGGCUCUCCUCUCUUGCACAGACUCAGUGCAACUCCCCAACAGUGAGUUCAGUGCUCACGUGGAAGCAGUUGUUUUCUACUGCAUGCUUCUAGCAGACUCGUCCAGGUCAGAUCUGAAGCUGGACCUGGUAAAACAUUGCUGGGUUCUGCUACAGCUGAGGAAGAGCAUCUGCAGCCAUGUAAGGCAGCAGGAGGGAGGGCCAGGGCAAAGCUGGGGAGAAAGCAGCCUGGAGAAGGAAUGUCACACCAUGAGAGAGGAGGUAGAGACUCUCAACCAGGCAGUGCUCACGGCUACUCUGUGCCAAAUCCUUGAUACCUUCUUUGAGGGUAAGGAACCCCUGAGGCAGUUAGUUGAAGAUGCCCUUAGCCUUGCCGGUACAGGGUGUUUUCCAGCAGGACAAGGAGAAUUUUUCAAGAAACUUCAGCCCCUCACUGCCACCUUCUUCACACACGCCCAGCAGAUGUUUAGAGUGGCAGACUUUGUUCUGGCCGGGUGCACCAAAACCCAAACUGCUAGAGAAAUUGGAGAGUGGGUAGAGUACUUGAAGAGACUCCUUGCCAGUCUCCCUCCACUGCUGACAGAAAUGAGCAGAAACACAGCCCAGAUGAGAGCUGCUGAGCAACUGCAAUCCUUCCAGCACAUGUGGGCUGGAACAACAGAAAACCUCUUGCGGUGUUUUGAGGAGACAGUCAGCAUGCGUGAAUUCCUUAAGCUGUCGAUCCAGGAAAUGGCCAAACACAGGGAACGGUGUGAAAAAGCCCUGGAAAGUCAGGACCCCAAGAGGCUCUCUUGGCAUGCAACUCGCCUCAUCAGUUGGGCUCGGUGGGUGGUUGAAGCUACCACCAGCAAAGGAAGCGCUGCCCGUUGCUGA